UGACUCUGACCAACCCUGUGGAAAAAGUGGCCUAUCUUAUAAUAUUCCAUAUUCUCUUUGUGCUCUUUGUGUGGACAUACUGGAAGUCUAUUUUUACUCUCCCGAUGCAGCCAGGCAAAAAGUACCACAUAUCCUAUGCUGACAAGGAACGCUAUGAGAAUGAAGAAAGGCCGGAGGUGCAGAGGCAAAUUCUCGCUGAAAUUGCACGGAAGCUGCCAGUGUACACAAGAACGGUGAAUGGAGGUCAGCUAAACAGAGAGCUUUGCUUCUCUAAAUCUCACCAAGCACGCUGCAUGAGGAUUGUUCCCCGCACCUGCAAGUCUCCAGAGAAUGAUGAGCAUUGCUUAUCUGAUUAUGACCUGGCAGCAAAUAUCAGCUGCAAAUGCACUCGGAAGUGA